CAUGCGAUGUUUUCUUUAGCAACGAGAUCGGCCAUCGCAUAGAAGCAUCAACUAUCAAACACACAAACAUGCCUCCAAAAGGGGUUCCUGCUAAGGCAAAGCCGGAUGGCGUUUCAAGUGUAGCAAAUAUGAAGCGCAGACAAACAAGAAUCCGCGAUGGGGACGACAUGACGGAUGUAGAUGGUGCGGACCAUGACGACUGGGUGAAUACUAAAGCCCUGGUGAAACCGGAUGACCAAUUGGAACUUACUGAGCAGGAAUUAAAAGAGGAGUUUACAAGAAUCCUCACAGCUAAUAAUCCCCAUGCACCACAGAAUAUUGUGCGGUACAGUUUCAAGGAGCGUCAGUACAAGCAGACGUCCAGUGUGGACCAGCUUGCCAUUCACUUUGCCCUUGACGGCAACAUGAUCCACAAGGAGUCCGAUGAGGCACAGAGACAAAGAACCAAGCUGGGAAUUCCAGACGCCCACGUUGAGCCUGCAGUCAGUGAGGUGGGAGAGCCAGUGUCAGCCGCGGCAGAUUCAGAGGAUAGAGGGGAUGAGGCAAAAGAGGAAGCAGGAGAUGACGCUGGGACCCAAGCAGCCUCAGGCUCAGAAGGUGGGGGCAACAAAAAACUCACCAACCAGUUCAACUACUCCGAGAGGGCCUCACAGACCUACAAUAACCCUUAUAGGGAGCGAGGUACAGCCACUGAACCCCCACCUAGAGCGGUUUUCUCUGGCAAUGUGACUCAAUGGGAGAUCUUUGAUGCUUACCAAGAAGACUUUGAGAAACAGGAGAAGAACAAGGAGAAGAAGGUGAUACCAGGCAGGAAGGAGGAAGAGAAGGCGAGGAAACGCCUCACUGUCACAGAAACAUCGGGUGACGAUGUGUCCAGAAUUGCCAAGGCUGCGAAGAUUGUUGAACGAAUGGUCAAUCAGAAUUCUUACGAUGAUAUUGCCCAAGAUUUCAAGUACUGGGAGGACCCGUCCGAUGAGUACCGUGACAACGAGGGUACAUUGCUGCCUCUCUGGAGGUUCUCCUUCGAGAAGGCCAAGAAACUUGCAGUGACCUCCCUCUGCUGGAACCCAAAAUACACCGACCUGUUUGCUGCAUCAUUUGGCUCAUACGACUUCAUGAAGCAAGGCAACGGAAUGAUGUUGUUCUACUCGCUGAAGAACCCCUCGUUCCCAGAGACCAUCUACGAGACCGAUAGCGGAGUUAUGUGCCUUGACGUUCACCCGGAGCACCCAUACAUGGUCGCUGUGGGCUUCUAUGAUGGCAGCGUGGGGGUCUACAACAUAGAGAAGAAGGACGGUCAUUUGCACCGCUGUACGGCCAAGAAUGGCAAGCACACUGACCCGGUUUGGCAGGUGAGAUGGCAGAAGGACGAUUUGGAAAACAACCACAACUUCUUCUCCAUAUCAUCAGAUGGCCGCAUUGUGCACUGGACCAUUCUCAAGAAUGAGCUCACAUACCAAGAUGUCAUCAAGCUGGCCAUGCCUGAUUCAGCAGCAGAGGGCCCUGAUGGAACAAAGAUCACCACCAUUGGUUGUGGAACAGCGUUUGAUUUCCAUAAGAAGAACGACUACCUGUUUGUGGUGGGGACAGAGGAGGGCAAGAUCCACACAUGCUCGAAGGCCUACAGCAGCCAGUUCCUGGAUUCCAUGGACGCCCACAACAUGGCUGUAUACAAGGUGCGUUGGAACCCAUACCAUCCGGACAUCUAUAUCACAUGCAGCGCAGACUGGACUGUGAAGAUCUGGGAGCGAGGAAACAAGUCUGCAUCUGAUAAGAGUGAUGCCAUGGAUGCCUCUGCAAAGAAACCUCUGUUUACGUUUGACCUGAACAACUCCGUGGGUGACGUCGCCUGGGCACCAUACUCCUCCACCGUGUUUGCAGCUGUGACCGCCGAUGGAAAGCUGUUCUGCUAUGAUCUGAGCGUAAACAAGUAUGAGCCCCUGUGUGAACAGAUGGUCGCCCAGAAGAAGAAAACCAAGCUGACGCACCUGGAAUUCAACCCAGAGCACCCCAUAGUGAUUGUGGGAGACGAAAGGGGUACAGUUACUAGCUGCAAACUUUCACCUAAUCUGAGGAAACAGCCAAAGGAGAAGAAGGGAGCCCAAGCCGUAGACCCAUCUGUGAGGGAGCAGGCGGAGAUUGCAAAAUUAGACAAGAUAUUGCUUAUGGUUCGCGAUCCAACUGAAAACAAAGGAUAGACCUAUUGACUGAACUUUUGAGUGAUAUGAUGAUUGGAAAAGUGUAUGACAUUUAAACAAAUUCAAGGGAAAAUGAGUUAAUGAAGAUGUUAAAUGUUCUUGCUGGAGAGUUAUAUAUUUGGGAUCAAUACAGUUAUUUGCAUGCCAACUUUUAACAGAAUGUUAUAAUAUUUGUUAUUCUGUAUAAGUAUUUAUUUUAAUCUUUUGGAAGACAGUGGUAUAUAAAGUAUUAGUUUCUAUUUAUAUUAAAACUGUUAAUGAUAAUACCAAUAAUCAUACUGUUGAUGCAUUUCUGUGAUGUUAUUUUCUACUAUCUUUUGUGACAGAAAUAAAGUAUGAAUAUACCUUA